GCAAUAACAGAUGGUGCAAAAUGAUUGGCCAGGGGAGGGCUCUGAUGUUAGUCAGAUCCUUCCCUUACAUAAAAAGGCAAUCCAGUGAGGCACACCCUAGGGUAGGCAAACGGCGCCGAUCCACAAAAAACUCGCAAACCUUUAUUGUUGGAAAUCUUACCAGGAUAAAGAUUUUCUCUUACAAUUUUGUGAAAUUCAGUGUUUUUAUUGUUGCAAUUGCUGCUUAAUAUAAUAUUAUACUGGUAUAUAAUAUUAUAUAACAACAGUUUAGAUGAAUAACGUGGUAGGUGAACUUUGCCUACCCCAGGAGGAUCCCGGGGGGAAACAACAUCCAUUGAACGGGAGCAGAGAACGAGGUCGAGAAGCACCUGAGGAAGAAGACAUGUCUUCAACCAGCUCCACUGACCAACAGUUCAUGUCCCCCCAAAGCUUUUAUAGAACUUUCUCUGGAAGUCUAAGAAACAUCUCUGAAGAACAGAAAGAGUUCCUUUAUACGCACCUCAGAAAACUACCCAGAAAUUUCUUUAUCACCGGCUUUCGUCCUCACACUGAAGUCAAAAUCAUCAUCCGUAGACUUUUAGUUGGAACCUUCUACAAACAGAGCUGUUCUGUCUGGGACGUGGAGCUGGACAGAAAAUCUGCUGAACUUGGUUUUAUUCAUAUUAUCUGCAAACCAAACACAUUGAACGAAGACCAGAAGCAGGAAGAGCCUCCAUUUCAUCUGGAGGAGAAUGUAGUUUCAAUUUGUCAGCUGCAUAACCUCCAUAAUAUUGAUUCUAAUUGUCUAAGAGAAAAAUGGCAGCUUCUAUUACAGGAGCGGAGGGAAAACAGAGGUGCAGUUGCUGGUGUAUUUAAAGGCGAUUGUUUAAUUCAAACUUUUCAUGCUGAGAAACCACAUUUUAUAAAAGGUGAAAAUACAAUUCACUACGAGGAAUUAUUAAUUAGAGAAAUGGAUCCAUAUUUAGACAAGAUGUCACAAGAGCCACAUAGUGGAGCUCCAGAGGGUGGGAGGGUGGAAAUAUUUUUUUAUAUACGCAUUAGUCCAUGUUGUAAAAGAGAAACAGAAACUAUUGUCCCCUGUUUCUUUCUCCUUCUAGAAAAUGCAGAUCGAUGGCAAAAAAAUACAACUGCUGCACAUGUGUUGGAUUUACAGAUUAUUUUGGACCACUUAGUUCACGUGUUUUAGACCAAAUCCCCAAAUCAGAAAUCUUGAGAAUCAAUAGUGUUUUCCAUCCAUACACUGAAAAAUCAGAGAAUGAUCGAAUCAAACUAAACUGGGAAAAAAUAAAAAAGAAAAUUUAUUUCAUUAAAAGAAAGAAGAAGUUUCACAAGAUCCGCAAUCUGAGCAUGGAUUUUCAAAAAUGUCUGAAAAAUCUCCAGACGUUAGCAAAGUCUGAGUUGAAAUUAAAUCAACAUUUAAUCAAUGGGAAGAAAAUUAUUACUUUUUCUGGAUUUGACGAGAUUCAAGAAGCUUUGUGUAAUAUCUGGGCAGAAGAGGUUGAAAACAAGAGGCUGGAACUUAUAAAGGAAAAAUUCAAAGCGGAUUAUAAUAAGAAAUUUGUUGAAUCUUUUCUAAAACAUCAGAGGUUUUCAUCCAGAGAUGACUUCCUACAGUUUACUUUAAUAGAGAAACAACACCUACCAACCAACAUGCUACAGUCUGACUGCCACUCUUUGGAUGACAAAAACCUUUGUAGUCCAGAUGAUUGUGAAACUGUUAUUAGAGAUCAGCCUGGUCAUUUUUGAUCCAAAACUUCCAAACAUUUGGUAUCAUUUGUGAUUAGUUCACUAAUUACUGUAACUUUAUAUUUGUUGUCUUCUCUGAUUAAAAGAAUAAAAAGAAAUCUGAACCUG